CUGAAUUUGGAUAUGGCGGAAAAGGAGCAAACUACCAAAACGACGCCGCUCUUCGCUGCUUUCGGCGGCGAAUCGCUCCCCUCCGCCGCUGAUAGUAGUAGCGACAAAGCCACAGCGCAAUGGCUGCAGAACUCCAGCUUCAACACCGACCUCUCCGUCAUAAAUGACGCCGUUAGCAAAUACAAACUCACCUACGACGAGGAAUCGGAGGAAGAAGAAGAAGACAACGCGGAAGGAAUUGAUGCCAGGAAACGGCCACCGCAGUACGAGAUGGUGCCUUCGGAGGCCAGCGCUUCUUCCGACGAAGAUCGCGGGAGGAAGAGUAAAAAGAAGAGGAAAAGGAGAAAGGGGGAAUCGAGCGGAUCGCGUGCGUCGUUUAGCUAUGCGGCAACACUAUCCUCUAAUUCGAGGAAACCGGGAGUUGAGAAAUGGGCGGCGUCUUCUUCUACUGCUAAUGAGAAAGAGUACUACUUUGAUUCCCGUGGAGACCGCGACAAUUUAGCCUUUGGUAGCAUCUACAGAAUGGAUGUUGCUCGUUACAAGCUUUGCAAUUCUAAGAAACUCUCUGAACAGAACUUUAUCCAGUGGAAUAAAAGAGCUCGUCGGCUGGAGGGGGAUAAUGACGUUGAUGCGUUGGAUAAUAAACUUAGGUCUGGGGGGCGCUAUUGGUCGGCUAAAUAUGCUGCUAUUGAGCGUCAUAAGGACUUGAAACGGAUGCGGGUUCUUGCUCCUAAAAGUAACAUGAAGAGCUCGGUUGCUGAUUAUAUCCCUUUAGUUGAUGAAGGUUCAGACAGUGGACUGGCAUCGAGUGCCGAAGUUGUUCAAGAGUCCUGGGAAGAUGAGGUCUUGCGGAGAACAAGGGAGUUCAAUAAGAUGACGAGGGAGCAUCCACAGGAUGAGAGUCUAUGGUUGUCAUUUGCGAAGUUUCAAGACAAGGUGGCAAGUAAGCAGUCUCACAAAGGUGCUCGUCUUCAGAUCCUCGAGAAGAAAAUCAGUAUUCUGGAGAAAGCAACUGAGAUUAAUCCAGAAAGUGAAGAUUUACUUAUUUCUCUUAUGAAAGCUUAUCAGAGCAGAGAUAGCACUGAUGUGCUGAUUAGGAGAUGGGAGAAGAUACUUACAUCUAAUUCUGGAAGUUGCAAGCUGUGGAAAGAAUUUUUACGGGUUCUCGGGGGUGAGUUUUCCAGAUUCAAGGUUUCCGAGCUAAGGAAAAUGUAUGCCAAUGCUAUCCAAGCCUUGGCUGGUGCUUGCAUAAAGCAGCAGAGGCAGGCUCAUCCAUCCGACAGUGCAACAUCAAUUGAUCCGGCUAUUAUUCAACUGGAGCUUGGUUUGGUUGAUGUUUUCAUUGGUCUUUGCCGCCUCGAGUGGCAGGCAGGUUACCAAGAACUGGCAACUGCUUUAUUUCAAGCGGAGCUUGAGUAUAGUUUGUUUUCUCCAUUUGUUCUCUCGGAACAAAGUAAGCAAAGAUUGUUUCAGCACUUUUGGAGUAGUAAUGGUGCCAGAAUCGGGGAGGAUGGAGCCCUUGGAUGGUUAACUUGGAUAGAGAAGGAGGAAGAACAGAGGCAAAUGCUUAUCCGUGAGGAGGAGGCCUCAGAUGCAGUUGAGGAAGGUGGUUGGACAGGUUGGUUUGACCCAUCAUCUGAGACUACAGAAAUCGAAUUGCCAGGAGCUACUACUGAGGAACAGAAGAUUGGUGAGGAAUUGAAUGAUGAAUCUGAUACAAAUGAUGUUGAGCAGAAGGAUGAUGUUGAAUCUCUGCUUAAAGCACUUGGCAUUGAUGCCGCUGCUGAAGCUGAUGUAACGAUUAAAGAUACAGAAACAUGGACUAAAUGGUCAAAGGCCGAAACGACAAGAGAUUUUGAUCAUUGGAUGCCUCUUCGUGCAAAUUCUGAUCAGGUUUCUCGUGAUGUUGUCACUGCCGAGGCUGAAGAUGAUGAACAAAUUUUGAGUAUAAUAAUGUAUGAAGAUGUGAGUGAUUACUUGUUCUCACUCAAGUCCGAGGAAGCCCGAUUUUCUCUCGUGUCCCAGUUUAUAGAUUUCUUUGAGGGGAGGAUAGCUCAGUGGACUUGCACAAACAGUUCAAGUUGGGUUGCAAAGACACUUAGUUUGGAAAGUCCCCCUUAUUCUCUUCUAGAGGAUCUAGGAAAAGUGCAUGAUGUUCUGGUGAGGAAGUCGACCAACCUAAGGAGUUUUAGUUUGGAGCUACUUUUAGAAAGUUCAGAUGACUUGAAUAUGAGGACUAAUAUGAUGAAAUUUCUCCGAAAUGCUAUCUUACUUUGUUUGAAAGUGUUUCCACAAAACUACAUCUUGGAGGAAGCUGCUCUUGUUGCUGAGGAGUUAUCAAAUACAAGGAUGAAUUCAACAAGUUAUUCUGUGACACCAUGUCGAGCUCUGGCAAAGACUUUACUGAAAAAUAAUAGGCAGGAUGUAUUGCUAUGUGGAGUUUAUGCUAAAAGAGAAGCUUUCUAUGGGAAUAUUGAGCAUUCCAGGAAGAUUUUUGACAUGGCCCUAUCAUCGGUUGAGGGGCUUCCACCGGAACUUCGGUCAAAUGCAUCUCUGUUGUACUUCUGGUAUGCAGAAGUUGAGCUUGCGAACAAUUCUUCCAAAAGUUCUGACUCCUCGUCCCGUGCAAUACAUAUCUUAUCUUGCUUAGGCAAUGGAGCAAAAUAUACUCCAUUUAAAGGACAACUGUCAAGUGUCCAACAACUUAGAGCCCGCCAGGGGUUCAAAGAUCGUAUAAGAAUGUUGAGUUCAACAUGGGCACAUGGUGUCACAGAUGAUCAUUCUGCUGCUCUUAUCUGUUCAGCAGCUUUAUUUGAAGAGUUGACGUCUGGAUGGGCCUGUGCGUUGGAAAUUCUGGAAAACUCUUUUACAAUGGUGCUUCCAGAGAGGAGGAGAAACAGCAGGCAACUUGAAUUCUUGUUUACCUAUUAUGUGAGGAUGCUCGACAGAAAUCACAUGGAACUUAAGCUUUCAGGAAUAUGGGAAUCUAUUGUGAAAGGAUUGCAGUUAUAUCCUUUUAGCCCGCAACUUCACUAUGCUUUAGUUGAAAUCAGCCAUCUCUACACAUCACCCAAUAAAUUGCGGUGGACUUUUGACGAUCACUGCCGAAAAACCCCGUCUACCAUCACAUGGCUCUACGCAUUGGCAUUUGAGAUGAGCACCGGAGGUUCCCAGCAUAGAAUACGCGGACUUUUUGAAAGGGCAUUGGAGGAUGACAAAUUGCACAGUUCAGUGAUUCUCUGGCGUUGUUUCAUCGAAUACGAGAGGAGUGUAGCAUGCAAUAUUCCGGGAGCUAAAAGAGUGUUCUUUCGUGCAAUACAUGCAUGCCCCUGGUCGAAAAAGCUGUGGCUUGAUGGUUUUCUCAAACUGAACUCAGUAUUGUCUGUGAAAGAGCUGUCGGACCUCCAAGAAGUCAUGCGAGAAAAGGAACUCAAUCUGAGGACUGAUAUAUACGAGAUUCUAUUGCAAGAUGAGAUGGAGGCUUAGCCCUGUUAACUCACGUUGUCUGAUGCUGCUGUUUCUUCGUCUUGAACCACCCAUACACCACGUGCUAUCAAGCUCUCAUUGUCUGCUGCUGUUUCGUUUUCUUGGACUACUCACACACUGCGUGUUGAAAGAUUAAGGAGAAGCUAAGCUAAUGGCUGAAUGAUCAGAGAUAGUAGGAUGUUGGCUGGUGGAGCUCUUUUCUCCAUGAGUAUGUUGGUAGACAAUUUGUGAAAAAAAUGGUCAAUAAAAGGUAUGGUUACUGUCCAACUAAAAAAAAGAAAAUUGAUGGCUACUGAAAAUAUGAAUUUUUGUACAAUUGUACUACUCCAUAGUCUCCAUUACUUAACAGAAUUUGAUAGCUUUUGUGAUAA